AUGGCUCAACGUUUACUAUUCCGAGUAUUGAUCGGCUUUGUUUCUAUGGCUGUAGCCAUAAUUGCUUGGUUCGGUGCAUCGCCGUUUAAAGCUUUCUCGUCGACAUUGCAGAGGGUCGGAGUCGAUUGGUACAACGCACAAAAGACGAUCCCGCCAGCUGCUUCAACAACAAAAGCCCCUGUCUAUUUCUUUAGCCAUGGCGGUCCGGAUGUUCAAUACAACACAAAGCAUCCUGUAUAUCCGGUCCUUCAACGGAUUGGCAAAGAAAUCACACAUCAAGUCAAACCAAAAGCUGUCGUCGUUUUCUCGGCACAUUGGAUGGGAGAAGAGCACAGUAUCCAUGUCAACAAUGUAGUUGACACUGACUUAAUCUAUGAUUUCUAUGGCUUCCCUGAUCAUUUUUACAAGGCUGAAUAUCCGAACAAAGGAAGCCCUGAGCUUGCGAGCAAGAUCAUGGUGAUGCUUUCAGAAGCCGGAAUCCAGUCCUAUGGAAUGAAACGUGGCUUAGACCAUGGCGUGUUUUCUGGCUUUCACGUUGCUUUCAACCCUGAAGCGAAUCCUCUAAACGUUCCGCUGGUCCAGGUCUCUUUAUUCAAGAGCGAAGAUCCUCAUGCUCAUUAUGCCCUUGGCCGCGCCGUUUCUGCACUUCGGAACGAGGGAAUCGUCAUAAUCGGUGCUGGGAUGUCAGUGCACAACUUGCAAGACAUGCACCACAUGUUUGAGGGUAACACAGAACCGCUCCCAUACGUUGCGAGUUUCGACAACGCCCUCAAGGAGGCCGUGGAGGCCAACCCUGAUGCCCGUGAAGAAAAGAUGGCCGCGGUAUGUAAGAGAGGAGAUGCAAAGCAAGCACAUCCUUUUAUGGACCACCUCAUGCCUGCCUUUAUUGCUGCAGGCGCGGCUGGUGAGGAUAUGGGAAAACAAAUUUGGACAUUGCAUGAAGGUAGUUUCGGUUGGUCGCAGUUCCGUUUCGGUGAUGCCACUUCACCUCAGACUGCGCUUUAA